AUGGAAAGGACCAACGAUUCCACAUUGACAGAAUUUGUCCUGGUAGGGCUUUCUGCCCACCCCAAACUCCAGACAGUGUUCUUUGUGCUAGUUUUAUGGAUGUACCUGAUGAUCCUGCUGGGUAAUGGAAUCCUUAUCUCAGUAAUCAUAUAUGAUAAUCACCUGCACACCCCCAUGUAUUUCUUCCUCUGUAAUCUUUCCUUUCUGGACAUUUGCUACACAAGUUCCUCUGUCCCACUAAUUCUUGAUAAUUUUCUGACAGUAAGGAAAACUGUUUCCUUCUCAGGGUGUAUGGUGCAAAUGUCUCUCUCCUUUGCCAUGGGAGCCACAGAGUGUGUGCUCCUAGGCAUGAUGGCACUUGAUCGCUAUGUGGCCAUCUGCUACCCACUAAGAUACCCUAUCAUCAUGAGCAAGGGUACCUACGUGCCCAUGGCAGCUGGAUCCUGGCUCACUGGGCUUGCUGACUCCCUGGUGCAAACAUCUCUCGCAAUACAGUUACCAUUCUGUGCUAAUAAUGUCAUUAGUCAUUUUGUCUGUGAAAUCUUGGCUAUCUUGAAACUUGCUUGUGCUGAUAUUUCAAUCAAUGUGAUCAGCAUGGCUGGAUCAAAUCUGAUUGUUCUUGUUAUUCCGUUGCUAGUAAUCUCCAUCUCUUAUAUUUUUAUUAUUGCCACCAUUUUGAGGAUCCCUUCAACUGAAGGAAAACGUAAGGCCUUUUCCACCUGCUCAGCUCAUCUAACAGUGGUGGUUAUAUUUUACGGAACCAUCUUCUUCAUGUAUGCAAAGCCCAAGUCUAAAAACUCUAUUGGUACAGAUAACCAAGACAUCAUUGAUGCUCUCAUCUCCCUCUUCUAUGGAGUGAUGGCUCCCAUGCUCAACCCACUCAUCUAUAGUUUGAGAAACAAGGAUGUAAAAGCUGCUGUAAAGACCAUGAUGAGUAGAAAACACUUCUCUAACGGAAUAUAA